CAGAGAAAUGUACUAAGAGUAAUUUUUUGUUUUGUUUUGUUUGUUACUGGUCUUCCUUUGAAGCUUGGAAUCAUCGAACAUGUAAAGAUGACAAAAUCUCAUAGCUAGCUAGUUUUCGUUAUAUCAUAGGACAUUCCAUCCGACAAAAAGAAAAGAGAGGAAGUUUGUUGCCACAGGACCGACUGAGAGCACACAAGCAUCAUCAUCAUGGCACCCAAACCCAUCGUCUUCCUCGACCAUCCUGAUCCCUCCUCGCAGCUGCAUGAUAACCUGGCCCUCGACUACAUAUCGCGCAUGCUCAUGAAGGAGGACAUCGUCGACAAGUUCUUGCAUCAGUACCCCAACCAUGCAGCUCUGCAGCAAGCCCAGCACCCGUUCGACCAGAUCCUCUCUGCCUCCGACACCACCACGACAUCCUAUGCCCAGCAGUCCUCAACACCCAACAUGCUAGCCUCCGCUUCCGUCUUGCCCAUAUGCAACAUCCAGAAUCCAGCCUUCUUCUUGAAUGGCAUGGGCGCGGGGGAACCCAACAGGAGCAUGGACGUGAUCUCGAGCAUGGCAUUCUUCAGAGGCAUGGAGGAGGCCAACCGAUUCUUGCCCACAGACGGCAGGAUGGUAGAUGGUGACAGGACCAGCAAGAAAAUGGUUGUGCAAGUGCUCCCUGAGACCGAGGAGGAAGCCACCGCGGGCAAGAUGUUGGACCAGCUCAUGCUUGGUGGGCACGACACAUGCCCCACCGAGGCACGCAAGAGGCGCAGUCCCACUGUGGAGCAAGAUGACAGGGUGGGGAAUGAGAACAUCUCCAGGAAAGCUCCAAGUGGGAGGCGUAGCAUGACGCUGGCAGUGGUGGCUGACCUGGAGACACUGCUGAUCAGAUGUGCGGAGGCAGUGGCCACAAACAACAGGCGCAGCGCGUGCGAGCUGCUGGGGAGGAUCAAGUGGCACUCCUCACCAAGAGGGGACGCCACACAGCGGCUGGCACAUUACUUUGCUGAGGGACUGGAGGCACGGAUGGCUGGCAGGGGGAGCCAUCUGUACCGCUCGCUCAUGGCGAAGCACGCCCCUAGUGUGGAGCUCUUGAAGGCCUACAAGCUAUUCAUGUCUGCCUGCUGCUUCCUCAAGGUCUCCUUUAUGUUUUCUAACAAGAUGAUCUACAAGACCAUUGCGGGGAGGAAAAAGUUGCACAUUGUGCACUACGGCUCCAAUGAUGGGUUUCAGUGGUCAGCCUUGCUCCGGUGUCUAGCGGGCAGGAAGGGCGGACCUCCAGAGGUGAGGAUCACUGGCAUUACCAGCCUCCGGCCAGGAUUCCGUCCUGCUGAGCAAAUUGAGGAUAUCGGGCGCCGGCUCAUCGAAUGUGCAAAGCAGUUUGGUGUGCCAUUCAAGUACCGCGCCAUCGAAGCCAAGUCAGAGGAUGUCCAAAUUGAGGACCUCAAGAUCAAUCCUGAUGAGGUGCUCGUCGUGAACAGCCUGCUCAAUUUUAGGUCCCUGAUGGACGAAAGCGUUGUGAUAGACAAGCUAAAUCCAAGGGACAUGGUGCUCAACACAAUCAGGAAGAUGAAGCCAGCCAUGUUUAUCCACGCCAUCGUGAAUGCAUCAUACAACACGACAUUUUUCGUGACGAGGUUCCGGCAAGUGCUCCACCACUUCGCAGCACACUUCGACAUUAUGGAGACUACGGUCUCGCGAGACAAUGACAAGAGGCUGCUGGUGGAGCGGGACAUCUUUGCACGGAGUGCCAUGAAUAUCAUCGCCUGUGAGGGCACAGACCGUGUAGAGCGACCUCAAAACUACAGGGAGUGGCAGGCACGGAACCGGCGAGCGGGGCUGAGGCAGCUACCAUUGGACCCUGACAUUGUUCAGACAUUGAAGGACAAUGUGAAGAGGCAACACCACAAGCAUUUUGUGGUUGACGAGGAUCACCAAUGGCUUCUGCAGGGAUGGAAAGGGCGAGUGCUCUACGCCCUCUCAACCUGGGUAGCCGAUGAUGCUAGCAGUUCUGAAGUGACAUAGAUUCAACUACCAAUGGAACUCUUAUAUGUUACCUAAUGAAAAUCUAUUGUGCAACCUGAACCCAGGUGUACUUAUCAAGAAUAAAGUCUCGCAUAGUAUUCACUUUUUAUGGUUGACAUUUCAAUCUUUGUUCAUAGUUAUGAUAAACUAUAAACUAAACUGUACAAUCCCUGAGCUAAACCAAAAGUUUUUUUUU